UGUGUCCAAGCUCGAGCCCGUUUUGCCGCAGUAGGCAACCGAACAGUCUGUCUCGCGCCUCGGGUUGCUGUAGGUUUGUGUUCUGUUGGUGCAGAACCUGACGUCGUCAUCACCGGUGCUUGGAUAGUUUAUGAUUUAUUGUGAAACACUUCGCGCCUUCUCACGGAUUAUACACUGACGGAUAACUGGCACACCGCUGUUUACUACAUCUCAUCGUAUAGCGCGAAACGGCGGAAUCCUCAUCUUUGAUUGACACUGUAACGAUAAAAAAAAAUUGCAGCACGACGCACCGGACCUCGGCAUGAAUAACAAGGAAGAUGAGCGCGCUGACACCGGGGCAAAGGAGCCAUACUUCUGGAACCCUCGGACACACGAGUUCCUGGGCCGGACAGCGAGCAGCUGGGGUCUAAUUCUACUGUUCUACCUGGUGUUUUAUAUCUUCCUGGGGGGGAUGUUUAUCCUGACCAUGUAUGUGAUGUUACUGACCCUGGAUGACUACAAACCCACGUACCAGGACCGCCUUGCUACCCCAGGUAUGAUGAUUCGUCCUCGGAGUGAAGCCAUGGAGAUUCUGUACAACCCUCAGGACACAGAGAGUUGGGAUAGGUACACCGAGGCACUGGACAUCUUCCUUGCACCAUACAACAACUCAGUCCAGGUCCAGAACAACGAUGAUUGUCUUCCUGAUAACUACUUUAUCCAGGAGGACAGUGGAGAGGUGAGGAACAACCCGAAGCGUUCGUGUCAGUUUAACCGUACAUCUCUGGACGCAUGUUCUGGGAUAAUAGACCGCACCUACGGCUACCAGACUGGACAACCUUGUGUUCUCAUCAAACUGAACCGGGUGAUUGGGAUGCUUCCAGGGAAGGAUGGCCAGUCUCCUUAUGUCACCUGUGGAGCCAAGAGAUAUAAAGUUGGACAAGAUGAAUGGAAGGAGGAUGCCGAUGCGAUUGGAGAGCUGGCCUUCUACCCCCCCAAUGGGACCUUCAACCUCAUGUACUUUCCUUACUACGGCAAGAAGGCCCAGGUGAACUACUCGCAGCCUCUUGUAGCAGUGAAGUUCCUCAACAUCUCUGUGAACACUGAUGUGAAUGUGGAGUGUAAGAUCAACUCCAACACUCUGACCACUGGAGGGGAGAGGGACAAGUUCGCUGGGCGAGUCUCCUUCAAACUGAGAAUCACCUCCAGCAACAACUAGCACUACAGUAUAGAGACAAACACACACACACACACACAUAUAUAGAAAUACCCAUACAUACAUAGAGACACCUAGACACACACGCACACACACACAUUUGCACAAACACACACAGGUGUCACUGCCAUAUGAAAACCUCUUCAGAAACACAGAUCUGGAGAUUCAGAGAGGAGGGAGGAGGGGAUGGGAGGAGAGGAUAGGAGGAGGUCCAGAGAAGAGGGGGAGAGGGCAGGGGAGGAUAGGA